AUGGUUGGAAAAAGAGAAGAAAAGAAAAGAUUGUUAUCAGAUGAUUCAUCGAUAACAAUCAAUGAUGAUGGAGCAGGUGGAGCCAAAUUUGCCGAUGAGCCAGAGAAAGAUGGAUGUACAACAGGAAUUUUACGUGCAUUAGGUUUGAAAGAAAAGAAGAAACCAAAGAAGGAUAUGAAUAAAGAGAAAGAGUUUAACGAUAAAUUCAGAGAGAUUUCAAUGUUGGAUAAAGAUUCAAUGUUAAAUAGAACUGGAUCACCAUUAUCAGGUUUAUCAGAGGAAGAGGUCAAACGUCGUCUUGGAGUUUAUGGAAAGAAUGUAAUAGCACAAGUUAAACCAAUCUCAUGGUAUAAAUUAUUAUUUGUUGCAUUCACACAUCCAUUCAAUAUCGUGUUGACUAUUAUCGCCACCGUUUCCAUUGCCACCCAAGAUUAUGCAACCUUUGCAGUUGUAAUGUUUAUGGUGUUAUUAUCAGCAGUUUUACGUUUCUAUGAAGAGCAUAAAUCAAGUAAAGCAUUCAUUCAUUUGAAAUCCUUAGUGAAAACCACUGUAACAGUGUUACGUACUAUCAAAGGAGUUAGCACAGAGGUACAAAUCGAUAUUGAAGACGUUGUACCAGGUGAUAUUGUACCAUUGAAAGCAGGUGACGUUUUUCCAGGUGAUGUUCGUAUUUUAGAAUCAAAUAGUUUAUUCGUAUCACAAUCUUCAUUGACCGGUGAAUUUUUACCAGUAGAAAAAGGUCCAGACGCUUCCGAAGAACAAACUACAAUUUUCGAUACUCCAAAUGUUGGUAUUAUGUCAACAAAUAUUGUCUCUGGUAGUGGUAUUGGUGUUGUUUUCGAUACUGGUUGUAGAACUUAUAUCUCUUCAAUCUCUGAAAUUCUUACUUCAACUCAAACUACAAAUGCUUUUGAUGUUGGUGUUAAAAAAGUAGCUUAUCUUUUAAUGGGUUUUGGUGUAGUUUUAGUACCAAUCGUUAUUGUUAUUAAUGGUUUAACUACUCAUGAUUGGGUUGAUUCAACUAUGUUUGGUUUAUCUGUUGCUGUUGGUUUAACACCAGAAAUGUUACCAAUGAUUUUAAAUGCAAAUCUUGCAAAAGGUGCAGCAGAUAUGUCAAAAAAGAAAACAAUUGUUAAACAACUUCAUUCAAUUCAAAAUAUGGGUGCUAUGGAUAUUUUAUGUUCAGAUAAAACAGGUACUUUAACAGAGGAUAACGUUAGAUUAGAUUCUUAUAUUGGUGGUGAUAAAAAGGAAUUGGCAGAUGUUUUACGUUAUUCAUUCUUUAAUUCAUCAUUCCAAAAGGGUUUAAAGAAUGUAUUGGAUAAUUCAAUCAUUUCAUAUUAUAAUAAUCAAUUUGCACCAGGUACAGCCGAUGGAUCAAAUAAAAAUCAUCAUGAACAAGAAGCAAUUGGUCAUGGUGCUGAAGUUAAACCAGAUGAAAGAUUAAUUGAAGGUUAUGCAUUGGUUGAUGAAUUCCCAUUUGAUUUCACUCGUCGUCGUGUAUCAAUUAUUCUUUCACAACCAGAAUCAAAAGGUAAUCUUUUAAUUUGUAAAGGUGCAGUUGAAGAAGUUUUAUCAUGUUGUACACAUUUGGCUGUUCGUGAUUCUGAACCAAUUUUAUUGACUCCAGAUUUGAAAGAACAAAUGCUUUCAAUCACCAAUGAAUUAAAUGUUGAUGGUCUUCGUGUACUCUCUGUUGCCACUAAAGUAUUUAGCACCGAUAUUCCAAGUGAUUAUGAAUAUGAUGUUAAAAAUGAUGAAGGUGGUCUCACUUUCUAUGGUUUCCUUUCAUUCAUUGAUCCACCAAAAUCAGAUUGUGCAGGUGCUAUUGAAAUGUUAAGAGGUAAUGGUAUUGAAAUUAAAGUAUUAACAGGUGAUAAUUUAGCAGUUGCUAGAAAGAUUUGCAAAGAUGUUGGUAUCGAUACAACUCGUGUUAUAUCAGGUAUUGAAUUGGAGAAUGCUUCACCAGAGGAAUUUGAUGAACUUGUCGAACGUUGUACCUUAUUUGCCAAAUUAACUCCAAUUCAAAAAUAUAACGUUGUUAAAGCUUUAAAGAAACAUAAACAUACCGUUGGUUUCUUGGGUGAUGGUGUUAAUGAUGCUUUGGCCCUUCGUGAAGCUGAUAUUGGUAUCUCUGUAGAUACUGCCACCAAUAUUGCCAAGGAUGCUUCUGAUAUUAUUCUUUUGGAAAAGUCACUCACUGUCAUUAAUACCGCCGUUAGAACUGGUCGUAUCACUCAUGCCAACACUAUUAAAUACAUUAAGAUGGCUGCUUCUUCCAAUUUUGGUAACGUUUUCUCAAUGUUGAUUGCAUCAGCUUGGCUUCCAUUCAUUCCACUUAAACCACUCCAAAUGUUAACUCAAAAUCUUUUAUACGAUUUCUCUCAAAUCUCUAUCCCUUGGGAUAAUGUCGAUGAAGAAUACUUAAAGAUCCCACAUCCAUGGAGUGUUAGAAGUUUAUUCAAAUUUAUGGUUUUCUUGGGUCCAAUUUCCUCAAUUUUCGAUGUUGGUAUUUUCUCUUACAUGUGGUGGUAUUUAGGUUGGACUACAGAAGUUACCCAAUCAAGUUUCCAAACUGGUUGGUACGUUGAAGGUCUUAUCACUCAAGUUUUCAUCGUUCAUAUGAUUCGUACCGUUAAAGUACCAUUUAUUCAACGUUGGGCUUCUUGGCAAUUAACUGUUAAUACCGUAAUCAUCGCUGCUAUUUGUAUUGCAAUUCCAUAUACUCCAUUAAGUCCAUACUUAUUAAUGGAAAAAUUACCAGCAAUGUAUUAUCCAGGUCUUGCCAGUACUUUUGUUGGUUAUUUCUUAUUAACUCAAAUUGUUAAAAAGAUUUAUAUGGCUGUAUUUGGUGAAUGGUUAUAA